UUGUGAUCUUUUAGCAUACAGCAAGUACCAACCUGGUAUCUGCAGGUACUCCUCGUCGCCGUCCUUGCUGUGGCAAUGGCUAGGCCUGGCUAUCUGGGCGCUGCGCACAGUGUAGUCCCUGCCGCCCACGCAGUGGUGGCCGCGCCCCACGCCGUCGUCGCCGCCCACGGCGUCCACCCGGGCCUGGCUGCCUACGGCCCGGCGCACAUCGCCGUCGGCCCCGGCGGCUACGUCCAGGACACACACGAGGUGGCCGCCACCAGAGCCGCCCACCUGACCGCCGUCGCCCAGACGCAGGCCCGCGACGCCCACAUCAACGGCGCCGCAGCGCACGCCGCGGCUGCCGCCCACGCUGCUGCUGCCGCCCACGCCGCCCCAUUGGUCGCCGCCCACGCCGCCCCCUUGGCCGCCGCCCACGCCGCACCCCUCGUCGCCGUUGCAGCGCCAGCCCUGCCCGCAGCGCACGGUCUUUUGGGUGCGCAUGGUGUCGCCCUCGCUCACGGACACCACUAAUGAAGUGUACCAGCAGUUGUAACUUAAAUGAUGUAUCAUAAUUUCAUGCCAACUUCAUCUGCCUAUCGUCUGUUUUACAUUUUCAUUAGUUACAAAUAAAGCUGUUCUUUAAAAUGUG